CGUAACAGGAAAAGGGUUUCAUGAAAAUUGCCCUGAACUGUCAAAGCCCACGUUCUUCUGUCUUGCAGUUUUCUGUAUUUUGUAUGUUUACAGUUUUGUAGUGCCUUUCUAUCAUGUCUGCAAGAAAUCCUGGUAUUGACCUGGACUUGGAGUGGGUGUCAAAGGUGCGUGUGAAUACCCAAGCUGUUUUAAAGCGAGCUCAGCAAGUUCAAGGACGCAAGGUGUCCAAGAAACAGUGGCAGGCAGCAUGGCUUCUGAAGGCUGUCACGUGCAUUGACCUGACAACCCUCGCUGGAGACGACACCCCGUCCAAUGUCCACCGUCUGUGCAUGAAAGCCAUCCAGCCAAUCCGUCAUGACCACCUGAAAAGCAUGGACAUGCAUGACAAAGGCAUCACCACGGCUGCUGUCUGUGUGUACCCGUCUCGCGUGGCUGACGCCGCCAAGGCUCUGAAAGCAGCCAACUCCAGCCUGCCAGUCGCCUCAGUGGCCACUGGGUUCCCUGCGGGUCAGACCCACCUGAAGACUCGUCUGGAAGAGGUGCGUCUGGCAGUCGCAGACGGGGCCAGUGAGAUUGACAUCGUUAUAAACCGAACACUGGCGCUCACUGGACAAUGGGAAGCUCUGUAUGAUGAGAUCAGGCAGUUCCGUGAGGCGUGUGGAGAGGCCCAUAUGAAGAGCAUCCUGGCCGUGGGGGAGCUGGCCAACUUCACCAACGUCUACAAGGCCAGCCUGGUGUCCAUGAUGGCAGGAUCUGACUUCAUCAAAACAUCAACGGGCAAGGAGUCUGUCAAUGCCACCUACCCGGUUGCUAUAGUGAUGGCGAGAGCGAUUCGUGACUACUUCCUCCGAACAGGCCAUAAGGUGGGCUUCAAGCCAGCGGGAGGCAUCCGCACCGCGCAGGAGUCAGUGGUGUGGCUCACUCUGAUGAAGGAGGAGCUGGGAGACGAGUGGCUGAGCCCACAUCUCUUCCGCCUGGGAGCCAGCAGCCUGCUAGCGGACAUCGAGAGGCAGAUUUACCACCAUGUGACUGGACGAUACCCAGCUUACCAGGAACUGCCAAUGGCCUAAGGCGACGAAAUGAAGAUGCAAUACAGCCAAAUUCUAGCUCUUCUAGAUCAGCUCUUUUCAAGUCAGAGCACAUGUUAUAAUACAAGAGCAUUGUAAGAAUUGAACACCUAUCAUGUUCAGAGUUAACUGAGGAUACUCAGGUCAUUACAACGAUACAGCUUAAUCAGUCAUAUCAUCGGAGAAAAGCGCAUUUCUGCCCUCCAAGUGUCUGUAAGGUAGUUUUAUUGAACUUGUCUUGUCAGUUUUGAUUGGCUGUCCUGAUCGGGUGAUCCUAACAGAAGCUACAGAGUACCUUCAGAGACUUUCAUGAUACAUUUGUAACAUACCAUAACAAUGGCUUAGUGUGUCUGAACGUACUCUGCAGCCCCUGUGUUCUGUUUGUAUCAAAAGAGGAAUGUUCUUAGGUCUCCCGAUAAAGGCACACAAGCUAAUGGUCUUGCUAGUAUAUAUUCUAUAUUCCUACAGCAUGCACAUUUGCAUGUUCUGUCCUACUGAUAUCAGAGGGGUUGUAGACAAGAAUACUACCUCUCUUUUCAUUUAAUUCAUAAUGGGUCACAUCGAUUUUUAUAGAUUUUUAGGUGGUAGGGCCUUACUCUGACAAACAUACAGUAUUUUAUUAAAAAAGCAAACUUUGCGCAAAGUAAUAUUUUCAGUUUUCCGUCUUCAAAAACAUUCCUUUGUGCCUUCAACUUGUUCUUGUUUCUUUUCCCCCAGACUUUUCUUACCACUUGCACUUCCUCACAUCCUUUUGACUUCCGCCUUGCAUCAUCCUUACAUGUGUAGAUCUGUAAAGAGCUCUGAAGUACACUGGCCAAAGGUCAGCAACACCUGGAGACUACAAACGUUGCUUCCUCACUGCUAAUUUCAUUAACUAGGAGCCGCAGUUGGAAUGUUAGGGGGAUUCAUUAGCGGAGGUUAAGUGAGUCUAAAUGAUCUAAUUGAGCCGCUCUCCAAUUCCAGCUUCAUUUGAAGACAGAGCAAACAAACUCUCUGCUUUCUUUUUUGCGCUUUUUUUGUUCGUUAAUUAAGAUAUCAGGGGCCAUGGCCUUGUCUGGUCCAGAGAAUAAAUGAGUGAACUAAUUGUAGAAUUGAGAAUGAGCUGUGGGAGAAGUUGAUACCCUGGAAAAGGGAGGGGAGGAGAAGUUAGCGCAACUGGGGCAGAGAUGAAAACGAAGUCAAGACAAACUAAACUAAUGCUCAUGCAUCUGUUGCAAGACAAUUUGUGAUGUCCCAAUUUACAGGUAUUGUGUGUCAAAUGUAAGGCAUUCUGUGACAAUUUCUUUGAAGAAGAGGGGCUGCACUGUGUGUACAGUCAUCAAGCAAGUGCCUAUGGGGACCCAGUUGCACAGAGUAUUUUGCAGUUUUUAUUCAACACUUAGAGGGUUAAAUUUAACACUCAUAAUGGUGUCUCUACUCCCUAAAUAUUGAAUUAACACUGUAGAAUUGACUGUGUAGCUAGAAGCAGCCUGUGGUUAUGUUCCAAUCGCAAACCCAUUCUCUCAGUCUCUUUCCCAUUCUCUAUCUUCGCUGUCAAUAAAGGCAAAAAUGUA